AUGAAUUUAGGGUCAGAAACCCUAGGAAGGUUUCUUUUCCUAAAGGCAGCCACACAAACUUGUACCAAUCUGGUGAAAGGACUACCAGAAGGAUCCCACAUUCUAUACAAAGGGUAUCCACAUACAAAGAUGAUUGUGGCAAUAGUAAGGGUCCAGAAUCUUCCUGCAAAUGAAUCGGCUAUGAAAGCUCCCAACAAUGGAGUAAGGCUGGCAGUUCCAGAAAAAUUGGUGAGAGUAUUAGCAGCUUUAGUCAUUGGCAUAUUCAUCUCCUUGGUCAAGUACGUGAUCAUGUUUGCCAGAAAUCCGGCCGCCGCCAACUUUUCACAUAUUUCAUUGGCUGCAUUAUCAAUUAAAGCAGAUUCAUGA